AUGGUCGUGAUACGGACCGAUGCACGCGAUGCCGGGAAACCUUCUGGAAAGUAUCACCCUUACCAAAUCAGCGGUGCUGGAUAUGGCAGGCCGAGGGGAAGUGCGUACAGAGCAGUCAAAAUAGAUGACGGUGCGACAACAGCGCCCUCAGGACCCGAAUCAGUGUUCGUUGAGGGCCGAUUUCCUGGAAUGCGUAGACGUAGUGCUACUGAGGCGGUACCACAGGCUGUGAGGAUGGUGGGAUCUGGUACAAGACGUCGACCCGCUGGAUACGCAGCGGUGUUGCGGAAUCUGGUGAGAGAGCCGCAGUGUCGACGGGUGUGGAGUUGGUGGGGUAGCUGUGGAGGCGUCGGUUCAAUGGAGGAGAGAGGGCGGUGGUGGUGGACGAGGCGCGCAGGCAACGGCGAUCUCGCCUUGUUAAGUUCAGUUCCUGGGGCGCCUCAAGGGCGAUGGCGGACGAAGGCUGGAGUGGUGGGCCAAAGGGGCUUUGUUGUGGUGGCUCUCCGGUUUGUAUAUGUACACAGUAGGGUAGGCGGCUGGCUCAGGCUCAGGGAGUCCAGGUUGAGUUCGUGUGGCUGUCUGGCUAAGGGCACAUCCGGGAAGCAUCCAGGGCCUCAACCAGGCGGUGGGGACUCGUCCGAGCGUCCUGGCUAA